AGCAUCGCUGCUUAUUUCAUAUUUCAUAGCGAUAAAGACGGAGGAAGCGCUGAAUUUUGAGGUCAGGGGGUACAAAUGAAGACCGUAAAAUGUAUUCAAAUUAGUUCAUGUUAGCUUGCUGUCAACGUCAGAGGACUUUUGUUAUGAUUUGGCGUUGAUAUCGGCGAUGUUUACUGUGCAGCCUCCUAAGUUCCUCUGAAGGGUGGCCAAUAACUGGAACCUCUAGCCUUCAAACUGCCUAAAUAUUAGGCAGGAAAAUACGAAGAAACACACUAUAUAUUUCUUUCAACUGGGUCGUGGGGUGGCGGCAAGCCAACAAUUGACUCUGGAGCAGGACACGGAGGAUAGUAUGGCCAUGACGGGAGGGACUGCAGCUGCCCUUCCCAUGAGCAACCACACCCGAGAGAGGGUGACCGUGGCCAAGCUGACACUGGAAAACUUCUACAGCACUCUGCUCACCCAGCACGAGGAGCGUGAGAUGAGGCAGAAGAAGCUGGAGAAGGCCAUGGAUGAAGAGGGUUUGCCAGAUGAGGAGAAAGUGAUGCGCCGCUCGCAGCACGCCCGUAAGGAGACAGAGUUUUUGAGACUGAAGAGGACGCGACUUGGCCUGGAUGACUUCGAGUCCCUUAAGGUUAUUGGACGAGGUGCUUUUGGAGAGGUCCGUUUGGUGCAGAAAAAAGACACAGGGCACAUUUACGCCAUGAAGAUUUUGAGAAAAGCCGACAUGUUGGAGAAAGAACAGGUUGCUCAUAUCCGGGCAGAGAGGGAUAUUCUGGUGGAGGCGGACGGCGCCUGGGUGGUCAAGAUGUUCUACAGCUUCCAGGACAAGAGGAACCUCUACCUCAUCAUGGAGUUCCUGCCUGGAGGCGACAUGAUGACCCUGCUGAUGAAGAAGGACACUCUGUCUGAAGAGGCCACCCAGUUCUACAUCGCAGAGACGGUUCUGGCCAUCGACUCCAUCCACCAGCUGGGCUUCAUCCACAGAGACAUCAAACCAGACAACCUGCUGCUGGACUCCAGGGGACAUGUGAAACUGUCAGAUUUUGGCCUGUGUACGGGACUGAAGAAGGCUCAUCGCACAGAAUUUUACAGGAACCUGACGCACAACCCACCCAGCGAUUUCUCCUUUCAAAAUAUGAACUCCAAGAGGAAAGCAGAAACCUGGAAGAAGAACCGGAGGCAGCUGGCUUAUUCUACCGUGGGAACGCCGGACUACAUCGCCCCUGAAGUCUUCAUGCAGACGGGGUACAACAAGCUGUGUGACUGGUGGUCUCUGGGUGUCAUCAUGUAUGAAAUGCUCAUCGGUUAUCCACCCUUCUGCUCUGAGACGCCGCAGGAGACGUACAGGAAGGUGAUGAACUGGAAGGAGACCCUCGUCUUCCCGCCUGAGGUCCCCAUCUCAGAGAGGGCCAAAGACUUGAUAUUAAGGUAUUGCACCGAUGCUGAGAACAGGAUCGGAGCUGUGAGUGUGGAGGAGAUCAAGAGUCAUCAGUUUUUUGAGUCGGUGGACUGGGAGCACAUCAGGGAGCGGCCGGCAGCCAUCUCCAUUGAAAUCAAGAGCAUCGACGACACCUCAAACUUUGACGACUUCCCUGAAUCAGACAUCCUUCAGCCAGCCAGCGCAACGGAGCCAGACUUCAAAUCGAAGGACUGGGUGUUCCUCAACUACACGUACAAACGCUUCGAGGGUCUGACUCAGCGAGGCACCAUCCCCACAUACAUGAAGGCAGGGAAGGCCUGACACGCCGCGACGUGGAGGCGGCGUCGCGGGGAGAAAACAGACGUUUACGGACACAGGGUCGGGCCGUGGAGCCCCGCUGGUGCUGAAGGCCGCGCCGUCGGCCUCUCAGUAUAAAUUUAAUCCUCAUCACAAGUUAUUUAGGUCUGCUCAGCCGCCGCAAGAACCGCCAAGAGCUCGGAAAUGAAGGAGCGCUACCGCAUUACCUCGGUUGUUUAUAUCGUAUCCACGUACCGUCUUUAGCCAUAGCUCUCAGGCCAGCUCACUAACUAGGACACUAAAUCAGCAUAUCUGCAUGUUCAGCGGCGUUUUGCUUCUGGAGAGGAUAUUUUUUACGGCCGAAAGGCGACAGUGGGAAUGAGGAUGGAAUACAAAUCACCGCUUCGACAUCUUCACAGCGAUAGUUCCUGCACUGGUGGCUGAACUAGCUCUGAUGCAAACAGAAUUUCUAAUACUGAAGACGUGCUCUGUAUGCCGUAGUCGAACUCUGAAUGAUGAGUGUUUAAGAACAGGUACCCCUCACUUAUUCCUCCUGUACUGUUCUGCUCUGUUCGUGGAUUUUAAAGGAGCGUUCCAGCAUGCUUUCCAGGGUUUUGGCUCACUUCCUGCUUUAUAUUUGAGUUUCUUCCACUGAGAAAGAUGGCAUUUAAAAGCCUUUCAUUUCAUUUUAGCUGGCAGAAGCGUCUUGUUUUGGUUUAUCUGUCGGCUCCACUGGGUCGUGUCUAACAGGAAGCGGAGCCUUGGGCAACUUCAAACUUCAGCUAAUUUUUGUGCUACUGGAGAUGGUGGUGGUGCAAGUUCUUGGUAGCUAAACGCUAGUGGAUCCCAGUGCAAGCUCAGUUAGGAUCGUCACAUUUUUAGCCAGACUAGCAGCGUAGCUGUAGAGAUGACAAUGUUAGCCCGCCUCUGGUCCAGCAUGAAAUCUCACAACAGCUGCUGGAUGGAUUGCCAUCAAAUUUAUUACACACAUUCAUGUAAUGCCAUCAUCAGGUCAGAAUUACAGUUUGUCCAAUACUUUGGUUUAUGACCAAAUACCUCUAAAGCUAAUGACACUUCAGCCUCAGCUGUCCUUUGUGUUUAGUGCUAAUUAGCGAACAUGCUAAUUUAAGAUGGUGAACAUGAAACCUGGUAAUCAAUGUGUUAGCGUUGUCUGUGGAUGUUAAUAUGUUGAUGUUAGCAUUUAGCUCAAAGCACUGCUGAGUCUCGUCUCUCAAAAGCUUUUAUCAUAAUAGCAUCAUUAUUUUUGCCUUUUAUUCGAAGCUUCGAAUGAUUUUAGUUGAUUUCAGUAACAAUUACCUGUCGCGGGAUAGAAAAUAUACAACAAUUGAGCAAAAAUUCAAGUCAUGCUGGAAUCCUCCUUGAACCCUGGCGGCGGCGAUGCACAGCGCGACUUUGUGUCGGCCCCGUGGGCAGCUCGUUCCGCAGCAUUGCCUCGGCGCUGCUGCUUUUCUCACAGGGGAACAACUUGUUGCCAGGAAACAUCUGAAUGCAGUUUACCCUGCGCUUGACAUCCGUUACUGCGGAGUGUUGCCCAUUCACGUAUGCCAAACAAAGUGCCGAGUGUGUCACUUCCCUUUAGAGCCAGUUGUUUUGUUCAGAUCAGCGAUACAGUAAUUGAUAUUUCCCCUGAUUUCAAUUCGAAUGAGCCCGAGGGCCGAUCACUUCAUUCUUAGAUGGACAAAACAUGCAAAGUGCCUUGAAAGAGCUGCUAAAUGUUUAACCAGAUAUUUUAGUGAUUAUUGGAGAUUAAUCAGGAGGUAUUAAUUACUAGGAGGAAUGAUAAUAAAGCUGUUUGUGGGAGAGAAAAAAAUCAAGCAACAGGGAAGCUAACAAGAAAAGGGAAAAAUUCCAAGCUUUAUAAAUCAAGUUGUGAGAAAGCAACAAUUGAAAGCUCUGGUGUGUCAUAUUUAGUAUGUCUGCAGAGUGAUAAAACGUGAAGUGAUACAGGUGAUAAAACCCAUGAAACAAAGGCCGUAUAGAGAAAUGGUUCGACUAUAAAACAGCGUGCUCAUAAAACACAACGU